GAGAGUGAGAGGGAGAAAGAGAGAGUUUCGGAUACGAAGACGUCGCCCCGUGCAGCCCCGUCAGUCGUAGCUUCGAGGUAUCAGGCAGCUAGCACACAAGGUACGACCUCACACUCGCAUUGACGCUACUGGUGGAUGAACCCGUUGCCAUAGCUAGCUACAUAGUGUCGUACAUAACCCUCGUGUACGUUCUACCGCCGUGGACGCUUGCAACUCACACACAUCAUCGCAACGUGGCGUCGUAGAUCCGAUUGAAGCAGUAACCUGUGUUCGCAGGAGCGAUCAGCAAUGACAGCACAGCCUGACGUGUACGCAGCAACGAACGACAGCACCAGCCUCUGGUGAGAGAUCUCACAUCCGGGUGCAUUGCAGCGCCCUCAGCGCCCGCACAGCGCCGACGACGAUGACGAUGGAAACGCAAGCAUGAGCUGAUCGCCUCGCCGUAAAACUCACGAGAGAUUGAGAGAUACGUGAUGUAAUAAGUGCGCGCGUUCUAUCUAGUCAGUCAUCACCCGGCAACAGAGACGCGCUACGAUGACGCGAACCAGCGCGACGCUGGCGCUAUGCGUCGUCGCCAUGGCGACGCUGACGCGCGCCGGGCUCCAGUGCGAGUCGAUAAAGAUCCCGAUGUGUCGCUCGAUGCCCUACAACAUGACUCGCAUGCCCAACCUGCUGCAUCACAGCACACAGGAGAACGCCAUCCUCGCCAUAGAUCGCUUCUACAUGCUCGUGCAGACGAAAUGCAGCGAGCACCUCCUCUUCUUCCUCUGCGCCAUCUACGCGCCCAUCUGCACGCUCGAGUUCCAGGCGGUGCCGCCGUGUCGUGGCGUCUGCGAGAGCGCGAGAGCAGGCUGCGAGCCGCUGCUGACGCGAUACGGACUAACGUGGCCCGAGAAUCUCGACUGCGACCUCCUGGAACUGCCGCAGUACGACCGUGGCGUGUGCAUCGCACCGGAGGCCAUAGUGUCCAACAUUCCCGCUAGUUCAUUUAAGAAGCUUGACGGACCGGAUCCGACUCCUCCCAUCAUUAGUAACAACACAGUAUGCUCCUGUGGGAGGAGUGCGAAGCCAAGACGGACUCUAUAUCUCAAACAAAAAUAUCAGUACGUACUUAGAGCGACGUUGAAUACGUCAGAGACGCUUGGACUGCUGACCCUGACGACCGUCAAAGUGUCGCUUGUCAUCAAGCGGUCGCAGGUCGACAUUGACCCGAACACGACGACGUACCUGUGGACGGACGAUAUGUGCCUAUGUCCGGCGCUGCGACCGGGCAGGGAGUACCUGAUCAUGGGUCACGAGGACAUGUCGCGAAGUCGUCUGCUCUUCUCCGAGACGGACAACAGCGUGGCGGUGAAGUGGAGCGACCGCUACAUGAGUCGUGUGGCCAAAUGGGAAGAAAAACUAAAGUCUAUGGAGAAGAAAAAGAACAAGCGCAGAAGAGCAAAAAAUAAGAGCAGGAAAAAACAGAAAGGGAAAGAUCAGAGUCGCAGCAGCAAUGGAAAGGAAAACAAAAAGAAGGAGAAGAAAAGAAACGGACAUGGUAGACGGAGAGACCGACAUUGGCACAAAAGGAACAGAGCGAGAAAGAACAGAAAAGGUGACGCAGUAACCUUGGCAACGAAUCAGGCAGCGACAACGUCGCCGACUAUGACAACAACGCCACCACCAUCGUUUUGAUAGUCGAACCACUCUUUGAUAAACUCGACAUGAAACCAGAACGCGAGGUGGCUCUAAUUCCAUAGAUCCCAUGCUCCGUAGACAAUGAAUCAAUGGAUCCAUAUCUUUGCCGACUAUCAUUUCAAAUUCAACAUAUAACGUAAAUAUAUAUUGCGUAUAUAUUUGCGAGUUGUCUGUGGGUAAUUUCAUUAUCGUAGAGAUGAGUUGACAUUGAACCUUGCAUCUAAGCAGCAGCUCGACCUUUCGCGGCCAUCCACUACCGCAAUAAGUAACUGUUUGUACACUAGGUAGUUCUUAUGAUAUCCGACUGAGGGUAGUCAUCUCCGUAGCUCUGUAGACCACACAGAGGAGUGCUCUAAGGUGCCGAGUCAUGCGUGUGUAUUAGGAAAUCAGCGAUGCUCUGAUACUGUAGCCGUUGUCUUUUGCACUAUAUAGACAAUUACCGGGACUGGCUCAUCUUUGUGCUGAAUGAACUAAUUGAACAAUAUGAAUUGAGAUUUUAUUAGACGUGUGUGCACCCUAUACGAAAAUACUCUGCCGGAAUUAAAGCGUCUAAUAAGCUCUCCUGCACGGAAAACUACAGUUAAGGUAUGAAGAGUACUCACAAGUUUUCUUACCAAUGGUGCAUGCAUGCUUGCAUGACAGUGAUCGUAUGCACCCGCCGCAACAUAUUAAAUAUAUUGAAUACCGUUGCAUUGCAGUCAUUUCAUUCUUGUCAGCUGAAAUAGCAUCAGCUGCGCUCUGACAGAGUUCGUAAUUAUGUAAUGACAUUGUAUUUUUCAUUUUAAAUCGCCAACUUUUGGUUGUAUUAUAUAAACGUCUGGAGUGUUUACAUGGCGCUAAUAGUUUGAUUGUAAUUAGCUUACAAGCAUCGCUACAAAUACCGACAUGCUCAAGGUGUCAGAGGUUAGUGUCUAUGCUAACAAUGCGGGCCCCCGCGAAUAAUCCUGGCAACCCUGGCAAUACUGGCGGAAUUCUAAGAGGCACUGUAUAGCAAUCGGGACGCAUUACCUUCGUUAAUUUGUACCGUUCAUCAUUCAUUUGUAUUUAUACAACAUUAAUCGCACCUCACCGACUUUCUGGCCUUUACCUAUACAAGCUUGUUCAGUAUCUACUGCUUGGUUAGCGUUGGAAAACGCAUACUGGCGAUGUUACUAAAACUAGUUAAGCAAAAAAGAUCGGCUCCCUAUGAUUGAUGUUAAAUCACUUAGCACUUGGGGGUUAGAAAGCCAGGCGGUGUCUGGUGGAAUUCCAACCUGCUCAGCGGAGCGAGGUGUGCGGUACGUGCGCAUAGCAUCUCUUGUCUAUACCACAUGAUUUACGCUUCACUAAAACACGUAAGCCUACCGACUUCUAGAUGUAUUCGAUUUUACCGUGACAGACGAUUGUAGAUGACGUGUGUACUCACUGUAAUAGAAUAGUUACGUCGUUGGUAAGUAAGGAAAGUAAUCUAAAACGAAUUAUCUGUUGCUAUUGGGGUACGUGCGCGCAUGCGUAUGCGUGUCUGCGUACCGCGCGCGUGCGUGCGUAUGCGUGUGUGUGCGUC